CGAUUAUAGUAACGUACCCAUCCAGGAAGUUGAUCGCAUACAGCGCGUUUUUGUGUACAUGCGUAUCCAGCCGUAGUUUCAUCACUCAUGCCAAAUAAAACAACUUAGAGUUGUCGUUUUAACUGUAUUAAGAUGGAAACAGCUGGAAAAGAAACUCCUGCUAAGAAGACUGCAACGCCUUCAGUGUCUCAAAUAAAUGCAGAAUAUGUCACGCAGUUGGCUAACAAAUAUUGGGCUCCUCAUGCAAAGGACAAACUACCAUUUGACCCUAAGGUGAUGGAAGAUGUUUAUGAACAAGAGAUUCUCAUGUCGAAAUUCGCCAUCCGAAAAAUUAUGCUGCUUGAAUUCAGUCAAUACCUUGAAAAUUACCUUUGGGUAAACUAUGCACCCGGGGUGUCCAGCAAAGCCUAUAUCAUGUCCAUUUGUUGCAUCGUUAAUGAGAAGUUCAGAGAGAACGUUCCAGCGUGGGAGGUCUUCAAGAAAGAGCCUAGCCAUUUCCCGUUCUUCUUCAAAUGUGUGAUGGAGGCAGUGUUGGCAGGAGAGGAGGCUGGUCUUACUGUGAAGGAACAAACUGUGCUUCUGGUCUUUCUGGAUCACUGCUUUAACAGUCUGGAGGUAGAUUUGAUCAGAGAACAGGUGCAGCAGCUCAUCUCUCUGCCAAUGUGGAUGUGCCUUUUACCAUCCAGACUCCAGCAUGAACUGAAAAAGGUUCCAAAGCUGCAGAAGUUCUGGAAUCUAAUCAAGAAGAAGUUUGAUAAGAUGGAUCCUGACGCAGCCGUGCAGGCGACCAAAGAAAGAAACUUCCUCUCAUCUCUCAUUAAAAAGUUUCUUGGAGUCCUUAUGUCGAUUACUUCUUCAGGGUCUAUAUCCAUGGACAAAGUGCAUUACUGUGAGAGAUUCAUUGAGCUCAUGAUUGAUUUGGAGGCGCUGCUUCCUACCAGGCGCUGGUUCAACACAGUGCUGGAUGACUCUCAUUUGGUGGUUUACUGUCACCUCUCUGGCCUUCUCAAAAAAGAGAAGGAGGGACAUCUCUUCUGUCAGCUUCUUGACAUGCUGAAAUUCUACACUGGUUUUGAGAUCAAUGACCAAACAGGAAUUGCCCUGACUCAGAAAGAGAUGACCACUUUGCACUAUGACAGGAUCACCUCACUACAGAGAGCCGCAUUUGCUCAUUUUCCAGAGUUGCUCGACUUUGCUUUGUCUAAUGUAGCAGCAGUGGACACUCGAGAAUCCCUAACCAAACUCUUUGGGCAUCUCAGUCCCAGCAUGCUCCACCAGGUGGCCUCAUAUCUGUGUCUGCUGCCUGAGCUGCCUGAAGGGCAAGAAACAACCUAUGAGAAAGAGUUCCUCCUUGAGAUGCUGGUGUCCCGUCACGAGCGCAGAAUCUCUCAGAUUGAGCAGCUCAACCAGAUGCCCCUUUAUCCAACAGAGAAGAUAAUCUGGGAUGAAAACAUUGUCCCAACAGAAUACUACUCUGGUGAAGGCUGUCUAGCUCUACCGAAGCUAAAUCUCCAGUUCCUGACACUCCAUGACUAUCUGUUGAGGAACUUUAACCUGUUUCGUUUGGAGUCUACUUAUGAGAUCCGGCAGGACAUCGAGGAUGUGGUGUGGAGAAUGAAACCAUGGCAAUCAGAGUAUGGAGGAGUAGUGUUUGGGGGCUGGGCAAGGAUGGCUCAGACAAUCACCACUUUUUCCAUAGUAGAAGUUGCAAAGCCCAACAUCGGAGACAGCUGGCCUGCUCGUGUUCGAGCUGAUGUCACAAUAAACCUCAACGUGCAAGAACAUAUCAAACAAGAGUGGGAAGGUCUACGAAAGCAUGAUGUUUGCUUUCUCAUCACAAUUCGCCCCAACUUGCUCUAUGGCACACGUUUCGACCGGCGCCAGCCUUUCGUAGAGCAAACUGGCCUGGUUUAUGUGAGAGGCUGCGAGGUGCAGGGUAUGCUGGAUGAGAAGGGCCGUGUCAUCGAGGAAGGGCCUGAACCAAAGCCUAAGCUACGAGGGGAUACCAGAACGUUCCGUGUGUGGCUAGACCCAAACCAGUAUCAGCAGGACAUGACCAGCAGUAUUCAGAAUGGCACAGAAGACCCCUACGAGACUUUCAACAUUAUAAUGAGACGUAAACCCAAGGAGAAUAAUUUCAAGGCAGUGCUGGAGACAAUCAGGCAUCUGAUGAACACAGAAUGUGUUGUCCCAGACUGGCUUCAUGACAUCAUUCUGGGCUAUGGUGACCCAGGUAGUGCCCACUAUUCCAAGAUGCCCAAUCAAAUCUCCACGUUGGACUUCAAUGACACCUUCCUGUCUCUGGAUCACUUGCGGUCRUGUUUCCCGGACUACAACGUAAAGGUUUUAGAGGAGAACCCUGAACUACAAGUCCCUCCUUUCAGAAUCAAGUUUCCGAUCUCAAACAAAACAGACAAAGGAAAGAAGAGGAAGGCUGAUGACGAAAUGGAGGACAAAGAGGAAGACAAAACCUUGUUUGCUGAACCAUAUGUCGCACCUAACCGUGGACCGUAUCCCUACAACCAACCCAAACGGAAUACGAUCCAGUUCACGCCUACUCAGAUUGAAGCCAUACGAGCAGGAAUGCAACCAGGACUAACCAUGGUUGUUGGACCCCCUGGCACUGGAAAGACAGAUGUCGCUGUUCAGAUCAUCUCCAACCUCUAUCACAAUUUUCCCGAGCAAAGAACUCUCAUAGUCACACACUCAAAUCAGGCUCUGAACCAGCUGUUUGAAAAGAUCAUGGCUCUUGACAUAGACGAGCGCCACCUUCUGCGUCUGGGCCACGGAGAGGAGGAGCUGGAGACUGAGAAAGACUUCAGCAGAUAUGGGAGAGUCAAUUAUGUCCUUGCCAGAAGACUGGAGCUUCUCAAAGAGGUGGGAAGGUUACAAGAGAGCUUGGAUGUUCCUGGAGAUGUCUCAUACACCUGUGAGACUGCUGGACACUUCUACCUGUAUCAGGUGAUGUCUCGCUGGGAAGAAUACAUGAGCAAAGUCAAACCUAAACAGGGCAAGACAGUGGAGGUGGAGGCUGUGGCUUCAUGUUUUCCCUUCCACAAGUACUUUUCCAACGCACCCCAGCCUGUGUUCAAGGGCCGAUCGUACGAAGAGGACAUGGACAUCGCAGAAGGCUGCUAUCGCCACAUCAAGAAAAUCUUUACACAGCUGGAGGAGUUUCGGGCAUUCGAGCUGCUGAGAAGUGGACUGGACCGCUCCAAGUAUCUGCUUGUAAAGGAAGCCAAAAUCAUUGCCAUGACCUGCACACAUGCUGCACUCAAACGGCAUGACCUUGUGGAGCUAGGCUUUAAGUAUGACAACAUCCUGAUGGAAGAAGCAGCACAGAUUCUUGAGAUUGAGACCUUCAUCCCGUUGUUGUUACAGAACCCAGAGGAUGGCUACAGCCGGCUAAAGCGUUGGAUCAUGAUUGGAGACCACCACCAGCUGCCUCCAGUCAUCAAGAACAUGGCGUUUCAGAAGUACUCCAACAUGGAGCAGUCUCUCUUCACCAGAUUUGUGCGCCUUGGUGUUCCAACUAUAGACUUGGAUGCACAGGGGCGUGCACGUGCAAGCCUUUGUAAUCUUUACAACUGGCGCUACAAACAUCUUGGUAACCUGCCACAUGUCCAGCAGCUCCCUGAGUUCCAGGUCCCCAACCCAGGCCUGACGUUUGACUUCCAGCUGAUUAAUGUGGAGGACUUCAAUGGGGUGGGAGAAUCUGAACCCAAUCCUUACUUUUACCAGAACCUGGCAGAGGCAGAGUACUGUGUGGCUCUCUUCAUGUACAUGCGCCUGUUGGGCUACCCGUCUGAACGUAUCAGCAUCCUGACCACCUACAAUGGUCAGAAACACCUGAUCAGAGAUGUCAUCAACCAACGGUGUGCUGGAAAUCCAUACUUUGGACAACCUAACAAGAUUACAACAGUGGACAGAUUCCAGGGUCAGCAGAAUGACUACAUCAUCCUCUCGCUGGUUCGAACCAAAGCUGUGGGACAUCUGAGGGAUGUGAGGCGUCUAGUUGUAGCCAUGUCAAGAGCCAGACUGGGUUUGUACAUCUUUGCUCGGGUGGCACUGUUCCAGAACUGCUUCGAGCUGACUCCUGCCUUCAACCAGCUCACUGCCAGACCUCUGCAGCUCCACAUUCGUCCACAUGAGUACUACAACCAGGAACAAGCUAGAGAUGAACAGCCUGACCACGUUGUGAAGGACAUGCCAGAGAUGGCAAACUAUGUCUACAGUAUGUACAUGCAUAUGAUCCAGAGCUCACAGAAGUACAGACAGCAGCAGCAGAAACUGGCUCUGCCUCCACGACAAACUGAGGCUGCAGAUGCCACAGCGGAGAAAGCACCMGAUAGCUCUGAGGAACCAGAGAAAGAAACUCCCAUGGAGCAGGAAAACCCAGGAGGGGAGACGAGCUCGGAGCCAAACACAGAAAACACCAGUGAGAGCGAAAACCAGGAGCCAGUCGACCACACAAAGAUGCCAGAGCAUCCAGGCAGAGACAGCGACAGUGAUGAGGAGGACAACGGAGAGGAGCAAUAGAGCAGCUUUUAUCAGACUGUUAUUAAGUGAUGUCAUUCAUUUUGAUUUUUUUCUACUCAAUAGAAAUCCUAAAAAGGUUUUUUUUUAUAACAUCUGA